AUGUGUUUGCUGGCUCUGAAAAAAAAGGAAAAUUGUUAAAGGCAGUGUGGAAAUGAUUUGAAUCUUUCAUAAGGUUCUCAAUGUUAUUACUAGGGGUGAAGAAUGGUCUCCUUCCAGCUAGUUUUCCAAUAAUUUCACAGGGGAAUUAAGGUUGGAAGAUGCUUCAGGAUGGAUAAAGCUGUUCAGCAUCCCAGUGAGAUCCUGAAUCAAACGAUCUCUAACAUUAGCCUUUCUCAGUUUCUGAACUUUGAUACAUGCCAACUUUCCUCCCUUGCAGAAUUCUUGCUUAUUACAGCUUACACAUUGGUUACACUAGUGGGGCUUGUUGGAAAUCUUUGCUUAAUUAUUAUAAUAAAGAGAAGGAAAGAAGCUCAAAAUGUCACCAACAUUUUGAUUGCCAACCUCUCUGUAUCAGAUGUCUUGAUCUGUAUCAUGUGCAUUCCUGUCACAGUUGCAUAUACCUUAAUGGACCACUGGAUAUUUGGAGAAGCAAUGUGUAAAAUAGGCUCUUUCAUACAAAGCCUAUCUGUCACAGUCUCCAUUUUCUCACUUGUACUCAUUGCUAUUGAGAGAUACCAGUUAAUUGUGAACCCACGUGGCUGGAAGCCUAAUAUUUCACAUGCUUAUUGGGGAAUUCUUUUAAUCUGGGGGCUUUCCCUCAUCAUAUCCUCUCCUUUUUUAGUAUUCCACCAAAUAACAGAUGAACCCUUCAAACAUCUGUCUUUCUACAGUGAUUUUUACAAGAACAAAGUUGCUUGCAUCGAAGCAUGGCCAUCUCUUACAGAGAGACUGAUUUUCACCACUAGCCUUCUGGUUUUCCAGUACUGCUUCCCACUGGGGUUUAUUUUUAUCUGCUAUCUCAGGAUAUUUGUAUGUCUUCGAAGGAGACGAGGUAAAAUAGACAGGAUGAGAGAGAAUGAGAACAGGCUGAGUGAAAACAAAAGGAUCAAUAUGAUGCUGGUAUCAAUUGUUGUGACAUUUGCAGCUUGCUGGUUGCCUCUCAAUAUAUUCAAUGUGGUUUUUGACUGGAACUACGAGGCACUAAUGAGCUGUAAUCAUAACCUGGCAUUUACAAUCUGCCACCUUGUGGCCAUGAUCUCAACAUGCAUCAAUCCCAUCUUUUAUGGAUUUCUGAACAGGAACUUUCAGAAGGAUUUGAUAGUAUUAGCUCACCACUGCAGAUGCUCAGCAUCACAAGAGGAAUAUGAAAAUAUUGCACUUUCAAACCUGCAAACAGAUGCAUCUAAGGGGUCUCUGAAGUUAAAUAAUCCCCAUGUGGAUAUAUAAAAUAAUCUAACUACAGUUUCCAAAAUUCUAUAUCUUAUUGCAGAUUGACUUUUUCUGCAGCUCUUGGUCAUGAUACCACCAAGUUCAGAGGAAUUCUGCCAUUUAGUUUAGCAAAACCAGGAUUAUGGUCCUGUAGGCACACUCUUAACAGGUACUUUAUUAUAGUAUUAAUGCUGAUAAACCACUUCCAACAGUUCUAAAGAUCAAGAAUAAUAAAUUAUAAACAGUAUUAUCAUCCACAGUUUUCAAGCCACUGGCAUGCACCUUAAUGCCAAUAAAAAUGUUUCCAUUUCAGCCACUGAUGGGGCUGUCUUUCCUAAAGACCUGCCUUCCUCCAGGUAAACCCUGAACACUGUGGUAUUCCUAACUUCUGAAGCCUUUCACACACUUUUCUGGAAUUUUUAUUUUCCAGCCCUACAUCAAUACCCUCCCUGGUUAAUCUGCACUUUAGAGGCAGUUCACACUGUAAGGAAGGCCCUUGAAGUUAUCCUAAGGCUCCACCACCUUUCUUUCAGCCCCCUCAUGCAGUUUGCUUUGGCUUAGUACCAGUUCAGCCCAGAAAUUGUAUUUUAACAAGGGAAAAGGCUAGAGCUGGACUUCAUUUCUCUUUAUGAACACUAAAACAGAACCCAUUUGAUGUACUGCAAGUUUCACUCAGAAUAAUGUUGUUCAAGAUGAAAUAUAUAUUUAGCAUUUCUCCUAAAAGCAUUGCAUUCUCCAAACCACCAGUAAAGAUCAUUGCUUUCUCUCUUACCAUCAUCACUGCUCCUUACAACAGACCUUUUAGAAUCUGUUAUCAAAAAAAACCCCAUGAAUUCAGAGUAAAUUUAGUUUUAACUACUUACUCAGAUUUCUCUUCGAGUAGAAAAUUAGGUUUGCAUCUUAAUUUCAGCAAUAUUUUCCCCCACAUUUCUGAGCUAGCAAGAGGGCACACUUGAGCAGAUGUGGUAGUUUCUGUUCACAGAAACACAGUUUCUAUGUUUGGAAAUAGUUUCUUUUGUAACACAGUGCAAAAAAGCAUUUUAAAAACCACUUUCCGGUGAGGCCAUAAAAAAAUAGCCAAACUUCUUCAUCCAUCAUAUAGUGACAACAUAAAUAGUCCAUUAAUAUUGAGUUGUUUAAAUACAGUACUUAGAAAUCUUUAGUCCAAAAACUCACCAUACUUCCUCUUGUUCAAAUUAAAUAUAAUUAAUUACUUGCACUGCAAAAGCUCCAUCUUUUUUUUUUUUUCUUAUGGGUUUCAAAACCCCCUGUUCUAACACUUUUACUUAAGGUUCCUUGUCAACUAUUCUCUAACUUCAGUAAUUUAUUAAUGCCCCACUUAAGCAAAAAGAAUUCACAUUCAAAUUACAAUGAGCUCCUUGAUGACUC